GGGCGGCUGCGGGCGGCGCAGGCGCAGUGCGGCGGCCGAGGCAGUGUGUAUGUGAGGCUCUGACGGGUUCAAAAUGGCGGCGGCGGCUCCUGUAAGAGGACAAAGGCGCAGGAGAGACCUGGAGGAAGAGGACGACGACAGCAGCCCUGGAGUGUCCUUCUCACUCUCUUCAGAAGAGUCGGAGAUGGAGCCUGAAGAAGAAAGGAUCCGCUACAGCCAAAGAUUGCGUGGCACGAUGAGGCGGCGUUACGAGGAUGAUGGCAUCUCUGAUGAUGAAAUUGAAGGGAAGAGGACUUUUGACCUCGAGGAAAAGCUUUCCACCAACAAGUUUAACUCCACCUUCGUCGUCUUCAUGGAAGGCAAAGACUUCACAGUUGAAUACAUCCAGCGGGGUGGCCUGAGAGACCCUCUCAUCUUCAGGAGCUCUGAUGGCUUGGGGAUAAAGAUGCCAGAUCCGGACUUCAGCGUGAAUGAUGUGCGGCUGUGUGUCGGGAGCCGACGGAUGGUGGAUGUCAUGGAUGUGAACACACAGAGGGACAUAGAGAUGUCCAUGGCGCAGUGGGCACGCUACUAUGAAACACCUGAGGCCGAGCGGGAGAAACUUUACAAUGUCAUCAGUCUGGAGUUCAGCCACACCAAACUGGAGAACCUGGUGCAGAGACCUGCUACGGUGGAUUUGAUUGACUGGGUUGAUAACAUGUGGCCCAGACACCUGAAGGAGAGUCAGACAGAGUCCACGAAUGCUAUCCUGGAGAUGCAGUAUCCGAAGGUGCAAAAGUACUGUCUGAUGAGUGUCAAGGGCUGCUACACAGAUUUCCACGUGGACUUCGGUGGUACUUCUGUGUGGUACCAUAUCCACCGAGGGGGAAAGAUAUUCUGGUUGAUCCCUCCUACACCCCAGAACCUGGAGCUCUACGAAAACUGGCUUCUCUCAGGGAAGCAGGGUGACAUUUUUCUUGGGGACAGAGUGUCAGAGUGCCAGCGCAUCGAGCUCAAGCAGGGCUACACAUUUGUCAUCCCCUCAGGUUGGAUCCAUGCUGUGUACACUCCCAUGGACACGUUGGUUUUUGGAGGCAACUUCUUGCACAGCUUCAACAUCCCUAUGCAGCUCCGGAUCUACAGCAUCGAAGACCGCACGCGGGUCCCAAACAAGUUUCGUUAUCCCUUCUAUUACGAGAUGUGCUGGUACGUGCUGGAGCGCUACGUCUACUGUAUCACCAGCCGCUCACAUCUGACCAAGGACUUCCAGAAGGAAUCGCUCAGCAUGGAUAUGGAGCUGAGCUCCUCAGACUCAGUGAACAUGGAGGAAGAGGAGGAGGAAGAGGAGGAUGCAGCAGGGAAGGAACCCAGGCGACCAGUCACAAGGCGGUCUGUUCUUACCAGCCCCGUAGCCAAUGGUGCCAAUGUGGACUACGAUGAACUGGGCAGGAGCUGUCGGAGCAGCCUGACAGGUCUGAAGAAGAGCCCGUCUAUGGACUCUUCCAACUCUAGCCGGGGCUCCCAAAACGGCCAGGCCUGGGACCCACACGGCGGCAGCCCACGCAAGAGCAGGAGGGUGCACCUGACGCAGUUUGAGCUGGAGGGGCUGCGCUGCCUGGUGGACAAACUCGAGUCACUCCCCCUGCACAAGAAGUGUGUUCCCACUGGCAUCGAAGAUGAGGACGCCCUCAUCGCUGAUGUCAAGCUGCUGCUAGAAGAAUACGCAAACAGCGACCCCAAACUGGCACUUACAGGCGUCCCCAUCGUCCAGUGGCCCAAGAGAGAUAAGCUAAAGCUGCAGGCACGGCUGAGGGUCCGCCUGCCCACCAUCCCCAUCACCAAGCCUCACACCAUGAAGCCAACGCCCCGCCCGACACCCGUCAGGCCCACAGUCUCUCCCAUUGUGUCGGGUGCCCGGCGGAGGCGCGUGCGGUGCCGGAAAUGCAAGGCCUGCAUGCAAGGCGAGUGUGGCAUGUGCCACUACUGCAGGGACAUGAAGAAGUUCGGCGGGCCUGGUCGCAUGAAGCAGUCCUGCGUCCUCCGGCAGUGCUUAGCGCCCAGGCUGCCUCACUCGGUCACGUGUGCACUUUGCGGGGAGGUGGAUCAGAAUGAGGACUCGCAGGACUUUGAGAAGAAGCUCAUGGAGUGCUGCAUCUGCAAUGAGAUUGUUCACCCUGGCUGCUUGCAGAUGGAUGGAGAAGGACUGCUCAACGACGAGCUCCCCAACUGCUGGGAAUGUCCCAAAUGCUACCAGGGUGACGACGCAGAGAAGGGCCAGAAGCGCAAAGUAGAGGAGAGCGAUGAUGACACGGCGCAAGCCAAAGUGCUGCGGCCCCUGCGGAGCUGCGAGGAGCCCCUCACCCCUCCACCCAACUCGCCCACCCCCAUGCUGCAGCUGAUCCAUGACCCGGCAUCUCCACGAGGCAUGGUGACACGUUCGUCCCCAGGGGCCGGCCCCAGUGACCACCACAGCGCCAGCAGGGAUGAGCGCUUCAAGCGGCGGCAGCUGCUGCGGCUCCAGGCCACCGAGCGAACCAUGGUGCGGGAGAAGGAAAACAACCCCAGCGGCAAGAAGGAGCUGUCGGAGGUGGAGAAGGCCAAGCUGCACGGCUCCUACCUCACCGUGACGCUCCAGCGCCCCACCAAAGACGUCCAUGGCACUUCUAUCGUCCCCAAGCUGCAAGCCAUCACAGCCUCCUCCGCCAACCUGCAGCACUCUCCCCGCGUGGUCAUGCGCCACGCACCUGCCAGGAUGCCCCCACGGGGCGGUGGGGAGGAGGAGGUGGCUGCCGAGGAAGACGAGGAGGAGGACGAUGAAGACGACGAGAACGCGGAGGAGGGGGGGGUGGCCCGCCUCAAUGGCAGAGGGGGCCGGGCACAGGAGGGCGAGGAGAGCUGGAUGCAGCGCGAGGUCUGGAUGUCCGUCUUCCGCUACCUCACUCGCAGGGAGCUCUGCGAGUGCAUGCGGGUGUGCAAGACCUGGUACAAGUGGUGCUGUGACAAGAGAUUGUGGACAAAGAUAGAUUUGAGCAGGUGCAAGUCCAUCACCCCCCAGGCACUGAGCGGCAUCAUCAAAAGACAGCCAGUCAGCCUUGACCUCAGCUGGACCAAUAUCUCCAAAAAACAGCUUACGUGGCUCGUCAACAGGCUGCCAGGCUUGAAAGACCUCAUCUUGGCGGGCUGUUCCUGGUCUGCAGUCUGUGCUCUCAGUACCUCCAGCUGCCCCCUUCUCAGGACCCUCGAUCUUCGGUGGGCAGUAGGAAUCAAGGACCCUCAGAUCCGGGACUUGCUCACGCCUCCAACAGACAAACCCAGUCAGGACAAUCGCAGCAAACUCCGCAACAUGAUCGACUUCCGGCUCGCCGGCCUGGACAUCACCGACGCCACGCUGCGGCUGAUCAUCCGCCACAUGCCCCUGCUCUCCCGCCUCGACCUCAGCCACUGCAACCACCUUACAGACCAGUCAGCCAACCUCCUCACGGCUGUGGGUUCCUCCACACGCAACUCCCUCACCGAGCUCAACAUGGCAGGCUGCAAUAAGCUGACGGAUCAGGCCUUGCUGUACCUGCGCCGCAUCUCCAACGUCACUCUAAUUGACCUGCGAGGUUGCAAACAGAUCACCCGCAAAGCCUGUGAGCACUUCAUCUCGGACCUGUCCAUCAACAGCCUCUACUGCCUGUCCGAUGAGAAGCUGAUCCAAAAAAUCAGCUAGAGACCCUCCCCCAGGCAGACUGAGGAGAAGGAUAAGAGCCCAACCCACCCCUCUUGGAGAGCCGCUCCUCCACAUCCCCACCUUGCCCUCUGUGUCCUGCUGUUGCCUCCCACCUGACUUGGCAGGCAGGGCCGUUGCUGGCCUCGUUCCACCGUCCUUCCUCCUUCUCCCCCUGGGACUUCCACCGAUGAAGAUGUCCCACCAGGCUGGCCAGUACCAGAGGAGGAAUGGGCAAAUGGCAGGGAGCCUCGGCAUGGAGGCUAGCCGCUCUUAAGGUGGAGGUUGUCAUAGAGAUCUCUGUGCAGAGAAACGGGGCACCCUCUUCCCCCUGCUUUUCCCUUCCUCCCUGCCAUCUCCUUGCCUUGAAACACUUGUCACUUCCCUGUUAGCACAAAGCUCGAGGGUCAAGGUCUCUCCAAGGAAGAGGGAGCGGAGCUGGAACAACCCCUCCCUGUCUGUGCCACCACCAGCUCGUUGCUCGCCCUGCUCUCUCAGCCCCAUUAAUUACGGUUUUCCUCGUCUGACUGCAGGGGCUGUGGUUGAGUCCCCUCCUCCUCCCCCGCUCUUGUGCGUCUGGGUGGCUCUUUUGGUGUCAAGGGCAGGAGCUCUGCAGCCAGGGUAUAGCGGCUUCUCCAGCCCCAGGGCUGGAAGCAGAGGCUCUAUGGGCCGUUCUCCCCCUGCCCCAGGGGGCGAGGCUGGGGACAGAGCGCUUCCACGCCGGGGCGGUGCCAGCUUUCUUGGAGCACUGUGUGUCCCAAGGCAGCCCCGCGCUGAGGCGAGGGCUGGGGCUGGGCACUGGCUGGAAGCAGGGGAGAGAAACAACAGGUACAUCAGAGCUCAGGGAGGACACAAAGCAGCAUCUGAGGGUGAGUGAGCACAUUGGGGGGGACAGGAGCUGCCUCCUCUUCCUCGCCAGCUCCCUGCGCGCGGCCCAGAAUCACGAAGCACUCUGGGGCCGCAACAGCCAGAGGGGCAACAGCUGCUCUGUCUGCCCAGGGCAUUUCAGCCUGGGACUGAACUGGCACAAAUGCCCUAUUGCAUUGUCCUCUCCUUCCCCCACCCCAUUUUAGCUGCCGUUUUUCCUUUGCAAUGAAUGGUUGGUCCAAAGAACCUCUCUCUAGGGCAGCAGAGAGCUUUUUGCACUUUAAAAAAAAAAAAAAAAGAAAAAAAAAACACCACAAAAAAAAGGCAAAAAAAAUCCAAAAAAAAAAAAAAAGCAAGAGAUGAAAAAAGGUUGGAAUCUUCUUUUGGGUCACUAUUUUCAUUCCCUCCCUGCCCUGCCUGUGCCUGGACAUUCCCCAUCUCCCUGGUGCCUGGAUGCCUCCCCCCUUGCGGUGUGUGCAGCCAGCACAAAGCAGCCCCUGUGUGCCUCCGCUCCCCAGCCCUGAGGAGCGCCGAGGGGUAGGGAUCGGGCAGGCAGCCCCCCGCUGCCGCAGAAGCAAUAAGGGAGGAGAGGCAGCCCCGCUCCCGGCUGGAGCUGCUCCCUGGCCGUCGGGUGGAGGGAGGCACGGCGGUGGCUGCCAUGGGACGGGGGGGCUUUGCCACUUCAAACCCGGAGGGCUUUGAGCAGAAACCAGCCCAGGCAAGAGGAGGAUGGGAGAGCCGGCACCCAGUCACGGCCAGGCAGCAGAGACCUCUCCCCUGAGUCUCUCCUGGCGGUGGCUCCUGUGAAAGACAUCGGAAGAAUCAAAGUUUUUCUUUUUCCUUUGGAUUGAUUUUGAGUUUUGCCGUGAGAAGGAAGAGAGGUGGGGCCGAGCUUAGAAGGAGCUGGCAGCUGGGGGCGGCACGGGGAGCCCCAGCUGCAGGGACUCCAGCUGUGACCUUCGUCACCCAUGGGGCACCCCAGCCCCCUUGGUGGGCAGGGGGGUGAAAAUCCACAAGGAAGAAAAAGAGAAUUAUAUAUAUAAAAUCACUUAGUGAUUUAAAACCAACCCAGACUGCUCCCUAAAGACAAGUCCUGCAAGAAAAGUCACUAUUGUUUAAGGAUUUGGUUGUGUUUUUGUUCUGUUUCAAUCCCCUCCCUCUUCCCCCCACCCCCGGAGAAAUAUUGUAAAUAUAUAUUUUUUGUUGGCGAUU